AUGGAUGCAAUAUCUGAUAGAAUCUUUACUGAAACUUCAUUUGAAUCAAGUUCCAACGAUGAACCAUCAUUACUCACAGUGAUACUUGACGUAUCUCCUCGAGGUUGGUAUAAUAUUCGAGACUCAAUAUCGUUACAAGAUGUCUCCAAAUCAUUGCUUGUAUUUUUAAAUGGACAUUUAUCCAUCAACAAUUCCAAUCAAGUGGCAUUCAUAGCCAGUCUGCCCAAAACUUCAAAGUUCUUGUACCCUCAUCCAAACCAUCAACCUAUCGGUUCCAAGAUAUCGUCAGGAAUGUAUCGACAAUUUAAAAAUGUUAAUGAUGUGGUUUUAGAAGAAUUGAAUCAAUUUAUUAACGAAACAAGUCAAGUUCCUGAGUCAAAUACCCACCAGUCAAGCAUUACAGGAGCAAUUAGUAUGGCUUUAACAUAUACGUAUAGAAUGUCAAUUUUAGAUCAGUCAGUGCAAACAACUACAGCAUCAGCGAUAACUACAUCGGCCAUAAAUGCAAAACAAUCAGAUGCAACCACGGCCUCCGGUGUAGUCCCAUCAACUUCUUCAUCUUCAAUAAAAUCAAGAAUCCUAAUCGUGAGUGCCAACGAUGGAGAUGAUAACAUCAACUACAUCCCAUUAAUGAAUUGUAUAUUCACAGCUCAAAAACUAAAAGUAUCAAUUGACGUUGCCAAAAUGGGGGUUAAAAAUUCGUCAUAUUUACAACAAGCUAGUGACGCAACUAAUGGCGUCUAUUUACAUAUUGAAGACCCCCAGGGGAUAAUUCAAGUACUAUCAACUGCAUUCUUUAUUGAACCUAAUCUAAGACCCUAUGUGAUCCUACCGACCAAUACUCAAGUCAAUUAUUUGGCUAGUUGCUUCAUUACCAAAAAGCCAGUUGAUUUAGGAUUUGUAUGCUCAGUUUGUUUAUGUAUUAUGAGUAAAAUUCCUGAUGAUGGAAAAUGUCCUGCGUGUGCUAGUGAAUUUGAUAAAAGGAUUAUUCAUGAAUUGACUAAAGAUCCUCAAGUGGUGACUAAAAAGAAACGCAAGUUGGAAGACUCGAAUAAAGCCAGCUAA